AUGGAUUGUAAGAUACAAAAUUGGAACUAUCCAGAAGUUCCUACUCUGCGCUUUAAUGAAUUAGCGAUUGUAGAAGUCAGAAAGUCCUUUAACAAUGUUAUAAUGGCCCUUGUUUGCAUCUGUGAGGAUUUCGAAAUAAUUCUUCUUGAAAGUCUGGCCAAGGACUUAAAUCGAAUGCGUCAAGCACGAAUUAUCCUGUGGAUUGGAGGGAAACUUACACGUAAAAUGCUCAACGUGAUUGCCACUCAAGUAGAGAAAUAUCAAUUGUAUCAAAUGAUUAUCCUUGAAGCUAAGGAACAUUCGAUGUCAAAUAGGCUAACGAUCCGACUCCUUAAUCCUUUUCCAAGUGUACAUUUUGAUAAAAUCGAUGAUAUUUUAGGCCUUAAAGGACCCAUAUUUCAUACCCCCGAGACAAACUUCAAAGGCAAAGUCAUUAAUCUGCUGCCUGAUUGGGACUCGGCCCUAAAAAUCAACGUCACUGCGUCACCAGGUAUGUCUAUACCCAUUGUUCGAAAUCGUGACUACGGCGUCAUCGAGUUUGCCUUGAAGUACAAUUUGAGCCUUAGAGUUUUGAAUGCCUCGUAUAAGUUGACAGUUGCAACAUCUGUGUUCCCCGACAUCCAGUUGAAAAGUCAAGUUCACACUAACAUGGAUAAUUUGAAGAAUUGGAAUCCCCACGACAUAUCGUCUCUAAUGGUUGCGGUUCCCUGUGGCAAAGAGUUGAGAAUCGAGGAAGUCUUUAAACAACUGGAUAAUGACCGGCAGAGCAUACAGGUUGACCAGUCUCAUUCCUUUCCUGAAUCUCCGUGCAUUUCGGGCAUGUCGUUCCCAAUCAGCCGAAGAUCUACCUUAUCACUUCGUCAGCUUUUUCUGGCCAUAAACGUUUUGGGAUUGAUCUUCAGCAGUUUCUUUAGCUGCAAGUUGAGUGCCCUCCUCAUGAAGCACUCCGAUCAGCCACAAGUUAAGAACUUCGAGGAUCUACGUGACAGUGGGCUGCCCGUGAUCGUGGGACCCACCAUGGAUGCUUUUCCAAAAAGUGAAGCUGGAUCCGAUUUCGUUAAGAACAACUUGAUAGCCCUCAAGUAUGUUAGUCAGUGGGAUCGCGUUGAAAUGUUGCUGAAAGCAAACACCAGCAACGCAUACCUUCUGUACUCAGAGGACUGGAAUAUCUUAGAUAACUUUUGGAAGUUCUAUGGCCACAAAAUGUUAUGCAAGUCCGAACAUUUGACUAUCAUACAAGCCUUGCCCAUCACCUACAUAUAUCCUCAAUAA